CCAGGGACAAAGCGGGAGGGCAGGCCAACGCUGCCCAGGGGAGCCUGAGGACCCCACCCCUUGGGUUUCAGCUUCCCCUCCCUACUCCAAGAGCCCCACCACUUGGCGUUCCCCUGGGCAGCCAGCGACGGAGAAGAGAGGGGCGCAGCACCUUAGGACGGCCAUCCGAGCUGGCUCCCGGAGCCUGGAAGUGGAUCCCUGGAGAGAGGAGGCAGCCAGGUGGAGCCUGGGCAGGCAGGCACCGAGCUCAGGUGGCCCCCUGCCCAUGAUGUACGAGAAAAGAUCUUACACAGGCUAUGGCUACCCCAGUUCCCACUAUGACUACCCACCGCCCUUGGGCCCUCCUGGCUCCUUCUACCUGGCAGAUGUGCCUCCCCAACAUUUCUACGAGUGGCGGUCCCCUCCGGGCAUCACCCGAAUCCUGCAGGGAGUCGUGGUCUUUCUGUGUUUGGCUAUCUUUGCCUGUGUGGCUUCCACCUUGGCCUGGGACUACUAUGGCUUGGGCAGCGGCAGCGGCCUCCUAGGUUAUGGGGGUGGCCUGGGUGGCUACUACAAUGGCUACUAUGGCAGCUACUACGGCGGCUAUUACGGUGGCCUCACCAACCCACGGGCGGCCAAUGGCUUCAUGAUCGCCAUGGCCGUCCUCUGCUUCCUGGUGACCCUGGGACUGGUCAUAGCUGGUUUGGCCAAGACUUCAGGUGCCCGCUCCCGCCGCUUCUACCUGCUGGUCACAGUACUCAGUGGCUUGCUGGCCUUCAUCAUGUUCAUCGCCUCCAUUGUCUAUGUCGUGGGGGUGAACCCCCGGGCAGCUCUGGGCGCCGGCUCCGGGAGUCUCUACUACAGCCAGAUGCUGAUGCUCUGCAACCAGAUGAUGUCGCCAGUGGCAGCAGGUGGGGGGAUUGUCAACCAGUACCUCUACCACUACUGCAUGGUGGACCCCCAAGAGGCCGUGGCCAUAGUGUGUGGCUUCCUCAUCGUCAUCCUCCUCUGUGUCAUCUGCUAUUUUGCCCAGAAGACCCGUCACAAGAUCUGGAAGUAUGGAAAGCCCAACAUCUUUUGGGACAGGCCACUGGCUACAGCAGAGGGUCCUAAUGUGGAGGAGUGGGUGAAGAAUGUAUCUGGUGAUGCUGGUACCCAGGAUGAGACCGCUACCUUGGCAUACUCAGAGAAGCCCAUCAGCCCCCUGACCAGUGCUUUCCUGCCAGCUCAGGAGAAUGGCUAUGGCCACCCAACCCCUUGCAUCCCCAGUUCCCCACCACCUGAAGGGACCAAUUUUCCAGAAGAAAAAGACAAAGAGCCUGUGAGUCGGCCCCCUGCCAGACGGGGCCAGCGCCAAAGACGACGUCCAACAGGGCUAGAAGAAAUACAGUAUGAGACGGAUUAUACCACUGCGGCAGAAUCCAGUGAGGAGCGGGACCGGGAUGAUUGGGCCAGCCUCUACCCACCCAUCACCUCGGAUGCCACCCGCCAGACCUACAAGGCAGAGUUCAACAGUGACCUUCAGCGUUACAAAGCCCUGUGCUCUGAGAUGGAUGACAUUGGAGCUCAGCUCACACAGCUCAGCCAGGAGUUGGACAGCCUCCCAGAGGGCAGCUUACGCUACCAGGGCGUUGCUGAAGAGUACAACCGGCUAAAAGACCUGAAGAGGAGUCCUGAAUACCAAAGCAAGAAAUCGGAGACCCAGAGCCUUCGAGACAAGCUUUGUCAUAUCAAGCGCAUGGUUGGGGCCUAUGACCAGGCCCGGAGUUAAUGGGGAAGAGGGUUGGCCUCUCUGGGUGCUGGGUUCCCAGGCUCUUAGUCUAGGAACUCUCUCUUUACAUACCCAGAGUAAGACUGGGUGCCAUGGAACCUGUCCACCCCUAUCCUGUAGUGGGGAGCUAGCCUCCCCAAGUUUUCCUAUGAACUCUUCUGCUGGGUCAAGAGCCAGGGUCCCCCCCUCAGUACCCAAGAAAGAGGCAAUGGCAGCCAGAAGGGGUGACCCUAGCCCUGAGGUGGGCUGAGGGUGGGAGGGGGAGGUUCAGCAGCCUGAAGCUACUUUAUAUAUCAAUAAAGCCUGCUCUGCUCUUUG